AUGUCCGCCAGCCAAAGGCCAACUCUGCGUCCCUCUUCCACGUCUGCUGCAAGAACGGGGACGUCAGCAACGCCGUCGAUCCCCAGGCCUCCGCUGUCUGUUCACCCAAAUGCUACGAUCUCAGAAACGGUUUACUUUCAAGGCAAACACCCGAUUAGUAUUGGUGCCGGAACUGUUAUCCAUCCCCGAGCAAGGCUGCUGUCUUUUGAGGGUCCAAUAAGUGUUGGAGAGGGGUGCAUAAUUGGCGAGAAAUCAGUCGUUGGGAAUCCUCAAGCUCCCCAAUCUGCAUCGGAACACAGUUCAGGGUCUGCCACAUCUCCAACACCAGCAGUUACAAUUAUCGAGAACUCGGUUCUUAUAGCACCUCUCUCUACCGUGUCUUCAGGUUCACAUAUACACUCCGCUGCCACGAUUGACGCGUCUGCUUUUCUGGGAAGGCAUGUGCGAAUUGGGAGACACGCAAAGCUUGGGGAGGAGGAGCAGGAGGGAUGGGGUUACAAAGGCGCAAAAGAGCGAAUGGAAGAGGGAAUGAGAACAAUACGCCAGGCUUAA